AGCCAGUCGCUGGCGUUCAAGCCUGAUGGGGACAAGAUCGCUACAUCUCAAGCAUACAGACUCGCUAAAAAGAUUCUAGAUGCAGAGACUACCAAAGAUAAAAGGGUAGCCGUGUUCACAGAUGGUCAAAGUUCAACAUGUGACAUACCUGAAACUGAGGAUAAGGAUGAACUCAGCGUUGUCGACAAGAUGCGCAAAAAUGGCACGAAUAUGGUAAUGGUCCCCACAGGACCACCCGCGAAUGGAACAAACAUGACCGACUUUGUCGACGAUCCAAGCAAUGUACUAGAUACUAAGCAAGGAAGGGACGUUACAGCAAAACCGGACUCCGACGAGGCCAGGGAAAUGCAAAAUCGUUUGCUUGAUGCGCUCACAAAACCAUUGGAACUUGAGCACGCUACAGUUCCUCACGAAGAGACUGCAGAACCCGAAACCGGAAACAGUGUUGCUGGUUUUGAUAGAACGACACCAGAGAAUAAUGACCGUAACAUGGUAACUCCACCACUAGGAAUGGAUCAUGUCACGUCAAGACCAGAUGCUGUAAGAUCAGGCUUAGCUUUCAACAUUCACAUCGAAGUUCUGCAGAAG